CCUCUCGAUUGCCAGCAGCAGAGAACAGGGCAUGUGGCGGGGGAGCUCCCCUGAUGCUCUCUCUCACAUGCCCAGGAACGCAUUCAGGAGUGCCAUGUCCUGCUCAAAGUCUGCUGCCUACUAUGGAACCCUCCAACUUGAAGUAUUGCUAAAAGAGCAAGUUUCUGUUUUAGAGAGUAGGAGCUGGGGGGGGGGGGAGUCGAACACUGGGAAGUUUGUUUGCAGUUCGUUCAGGCUGAGGAUUUCAGUGGUCAGGUGCUGGGACCUUUUUGCUUAAUACUUUUAUUUAUUUGGAAAAGUUUACAAACUGCUUAAUAAAGAAAAAUUGUAAGUGUAGCUAACUCAGUGCAUACAUCAUACAGACACUAGUGUCUCCUGGUGGUUCCUCAGUCCCUGUCUUUCUGCCUUCAUACGUUCAUUGUACUUUUCAGAGAAUUUCUGGUUCAAGGUUCUAACUUCUUUAAAAAAACCUUAGAAAAGAAAUUGUAGGAAGAUACAAGUAGCUUAACGUGUGCAAAUAUUACAUAAUUGUUUUCAGUCUUGUUGGCGUUGGGUAAACUUUUCCUAUCAGAAUUUGUAAUUAGCUCACCAUGUUACAAACUCAGUCAAAAGUCUGCUGCCGUUGUAGCCUCUGCUAGCCGUACUCAGAGUAUGAACCUGAGUUAGUCCUGUCCAUUAAUUAUGGUGCUGGAGGAGACUCUUGAGAGUCCCAUGGACUGCAAGAAGAUCAAACCUAUCCAUUCUGAAGGAAAUCAGCCCUGAGUGCUCACUGGAAGGACAGAUCCUGAAGCUGAGGCUCCAAGACUUUGGCCACCUCAUGAGAAGAGAAGAAUCCUUGGAAAAGACCCUGAUGUUGGGAAAGAUUGAGGGCACUAGGAGAAGGGGACGGCAGAGGACGAGAUGGUUGGACAGUGUUCUUGUACAUGAGUUUGACCAAACUGCGGGAGGCAGUGGAAGACAGGAGUGCCUGGUGUGCUCUGGUCCAUGGGGUCACGAAGAGUCGGACACGACUAAACAACUAUAACAAACAAAAUUAAUUUCAGGGAGUGCUCUGCUCUGCUCAGGACUGACAUUGGAUGCAGCCUUAUCUUUUAAUUCAAGACCUCAAUGAAUGUGCCAAUUCCUGAGAAAGUAGCGGACAUAAAAUGGUGGUUUCCACCAGGCUCGCUGGUCUCAGGGUCAUGCAUCUCCACGGACCCUUCUCUGACUAGCUGCUUUCUUGCAUGCUCUGUUUACUAACCUGGAGAGGAAGCAGGAACAUGCCAGUGCCACCACGCACUCGAGUCUAAAGGUUUACUGGUCAACAAACCAAAAGGAGCAGCUUUUCAGUGUGAUAUGCAAGAGAGAUCUUGACCACAAAUCAAACAGCUGGAUCAGAAAUGAACACUGUAUGAAAAGGAAAUGUUGAAUCUGCCAGAAAUUGUCCACGAAGACCUCAAGAUGGGUUCAGAUGGUGAGAGCGACCAGGCGUCAGGGACAUCAUCUGAUGAGGUGCAAUCUCCAGUCCGAGUGCGCAUGAGGAACAACCCAGCACGCAAGAUCUCCACUGAGGACAUUAACAAGCGCCUGUCACUUCCCGCUGAUAUCCGCCUGCCCGAAGGUUACCUCGAGAAGCUCACUCUGAACAGCCCUCUCUUUGACAAGCCCUUGAGCAGACGGUUACGGAGAGUCUCUUUGUCGGAGAUUGGCUUUGGGAAGCUGGAGACGUAUGUGAAGCUGGACAAGCUGGGAGAAGGGACGUACGCCACGGUCUACAAGGGGAAGAGUAAACUCACCGAUAACCUGGUGGCCUUGAAGGAGAUCCGUCUUGAGCAUGAAGAAGGAGCACCUUGCACAGCCAUUCGGGAAGUUUCACUUCUGAAAGAUUUGAAACAUGCCAACAUUGUGACCCUGCAUGAUAUCAUCCAUACAGAGAAAUCCCUCACGCUUGUCUUCGAGUAUUUAGAUAAAGAUCUGAAACAGUAUCUUGACGACUGCGGCAAUGUAAUAAAUAUGCACAAUGUUAAGCUGUUCCUGUUCCAGCUGCUGCGUGGCCUCGCCUAUUGCCACCGUCAGAAGGUGCUGCAUCGGGACCUCAAGCCCCAGAACUUGCUCAUUAAUGAGAGAGGGGAACUCAAGCUAGCAGAUUUUGGACUUGCCCGGGCAAAAUCCAUUCCCACCAAGACCUACUCCAAUGAAGUGGUGACACUUUGGUACCGACCCCCAGAUAUCCUAUUGGGCUCAACAGAAUACUCCACCCAGAUUGACAUGUGGGGUGUGGGCUGCAUCUUCUAUGAGAUGUCCACAGGACGACCACUCUUCCCAGGCUCCACAGUUGAGGAGCAGCUGCACUUCAUCUUUCGGAUAUUGGGGACUCCCAAUGAAGAGACAUGGCCUGGAAUCCAGUCUAAUGAAGAAUUCCGAGCCUAUAAUUACCCUAAAUACCGUCCCGAGGCCCUAAUCAACCAUGCCCCUAGGCUGGAUAGCGAAGGGGCUGACCUCCUGGGGAAGCUGCUGCAGUUUGAGGGCAGGAAGCGGAUCUCUGCAGACGAGGCCAUGCGGCACCUGUUCUUCCACAGUCUGGGCGAACGAGUCCUCAAACUCCCAGACACAACGUCAAUAUUUGCACUAAAGGAGAUUCAGUUACAGAAAGAGACGGGCCUGAGAUCGGCUUCCCUCCCCGAAUCAGUGAAUGGGCAGAACGGACGACCAAGCCUUCUGCUUUGAAACCUGUGGAUUGGUAUUGGUGGGGGCAGGAGCUAAGACAGCUCUCCCACCCUGCGGACACUCCCACUGCCAGCUUUUCCAUAUCAGACGGUGGAGCAAGAACUUGUGCUGGGAUUCCGUAGGGGUGAGGGCUGGGGGCAACGAUGCCAAGUAGAAGUGCCACCUGCCCCAGCACCCAACAGCCAGGCACGGAUGCCCUCUGCUGCUGUGGAACGGACUGCCCCCCCCCCCAACGUGGUGUUUCAUUUUAUUUUUUAAGUUUUAUUUUUUCAAUGCAAUACUAUAAAUAUUAUAUUUGCAAAUAUCUAUAGAGAGACACCCCUGCCCUCGCCUCUCCAUUUCUGGGGAGUGUACAGUAUUAACUACAAGGGAGAUCACCCCCCUCCCCACUUGGUUGGGCUGGGGGAGAGAAGCCUGGAGGAGGAGGGAGGAGAAGCAUAGGGGCCACUGGGUCUGGGUACUAAUCCGCUGUAUAUUUGGGAGCUGUGAACAACGUCAGUGAAUUGGAAGAAGGGAAGCUCUUUAUUUCAUGUGAAAUUUCUCUCUCCUCCACCCCAAGUCUCAAUCACAUUUAUGUGGACUUGAGGCAAAAUGUUUUCCUCAAGGAUUCUUGGGAGGGAACACAAUCCCUGCCUGGCUUUCCUGCUACAGCGGCUCCCCCCCCCCCCCCCGCUUCCAAUUAGGUCUGCCACUUCCUUGCUCCUCCCGAUUUUCUCCUCACACCAAAGCCAAGUCCCAUGUUUUCUUCUCUUGCUUGUGUCUUCCUUCGGUCUUGAUUUGUGCCUCGCUUGGGCUCUCCCCACACCCUCAGUCAGCGCUGAGCCUCGGCUGAGUUCCUCCUGUCGACCGGUCAUGCCUCUUGCAUUACUUGCUUAUACUCAGGGUUUGAUCUUCUUCCUUUGCCUUUGGUGGCCCUGUCCACGGGGAACUUAAACACAGGUGCCAUUUAUUUCAACCAGGCAUGUGUAGGAGAAGUUCCUGGUGGGUUAGGCCUCAUCCACCCCCCCUCUGUUUCAUACUUACUUGUCCUGCAAUGCUUAGAUGAUCCCUCUUCGUUGCUUGUGUUCCAUGUUUCCUGAAUCCAAACAGCUGUUUUUAAUGGUACCACCCAAACUCUUUACGGAUAUAAUGACACUGAGGUGCCCUCCAGAUGUUACUGAACCCCAACUCCCAUCAGCCCUGACUAGAAUGGCCAGUGGUCAGGGACGAUGGGAGUUGUAGUCCGGCAGCAUCUGCAGAGCACCAUGUUGGACACUCCUUAGACUGUCUUCAUGAAGAGAACCCUUGUCUUGGCCCCUAUUCCACUCUAUUUUCUUUCACAGAUGUCUCUGUCGGUCUCUGCAAGCUUAGCACCUUCCCCCUUCUGUGUCACCUUUACUUAGUUGCUUCUCAGACUGUAAUCCAAUGACCAGGUCCUACUCUGUCCCGCAUGAAAAGUAAACCAGUAGCUCUUCUGAGGCUCACCAACUUCCACUCCUGCUUCACUCACAGGCCAGCCACUCAAGGGUUAAUGGGCCCUUGGCUCAGCUCUUUAUGCCGUGAUCUCAGAAGUCACUCAGUUCCUCCCCAAAGGCUAAGCCCAGCUUGUGUCAUCAGAAACCAGCGCCAGCACUGCUUGGCCUCAUGCUAAGUCUUGACUCCAAAGACUUACUCAUCUCAGCUUCUCCUCUUGUUUUUUGCAAUACAGAAGCAAGUGGUGCAGAACCGGUGGCCUUCUGGAAGUUGUUGGACUCCAGCUCCCAUCAGUCCCAGCCAGUGUGGCCAAUGAUCAGGGAUGAUGGGAGUUGUGGUCCAGGAAGAUCUAGAGGGCCACAGGUUCUCCAUCCCUGAAGCAAGCUAUCAGUUCCUCAAAGGCCAGUCAAUCCCACAUCUCUACUUACACUAAAUCUUCCUUUAAGCAAAGGAAACAUUGGAGAUUCCUGCCUGCCUGUGGGCUCUCCAAAGAUUUUGGCCAACUAUCCAUCCUACUCUGCUGCCGAGAGGUGCCUCAAGAGAAGAGGGAAAUACCAACCACACUUGUCCCCAGCUUACAAACCCCAACUGUAUUGCAGCUUCCCAGGUGGCUAGGACUGUUCUUUCCAGCUCAGGACAGAGGCCUGGGUGCGAAGAACUAAAGGGAGCAGAUCCAAAGGCUACCCAUUUGCUCUCUGCGUGUUUCUGGACAAAGUGGCACCCGGCCUUCUCCCUUUGAUCACAGCAUAGAGUGAGUGAGUGUGUUUGUGUGUGUUUAUAUGUACAUAUGUAUCCAUUUUUAUAUACAGCAUGAAGCACUCGUAAGGUUCACAAAUCUCCACCCUCCCACAACGAGAGCCAUAUUAUUAUUAUUCUGAUUAUGAUGAUGAUGAUGAUUACUACUAUUAUAACCCUCAGGCAACAUAAAAGAUAUCUGGGAAGGAGUCUCCUCUAUAGAGGAUAUGUCUUGGGCUGGAAUUCAAGGACUCCACAGCGCAGGGAAAAUUUUGCUUGGCACCUGCCUGGGAGGGCAGACAGAUUUGAGAGCCCUCAGCACCCAGGCGUGGUCACCUGAUGCCAAAGGAGAGCUGCUGUGAAUAGGCCAAGGGCAAGGGUCUCUUUACAAAGGGGACCCAAUAAGCAGGAAAUGCCAGCCCUUCGGAUCAGAGAACAGCAACAAAGGGUCUUUGUUUAGCCCAAUAACCUGCCUGCAUGACCCCCCCCCCCCCAUUCCUUUCCUUGCUUGUUCCAAUUUAGACUCUGGCCUCCCAUUUCCGUUUUGUCUCUUCCAUCGGGUACACCAUAACUUGUGCUAGGUGGGCCUGUUUCUGAAGCCCAUCCAAUCACAGUUGCCCUCUUCUUACCUGUUUCUUCCUUAAGAGCUGUGGUGAUACAAAAAGCUCUUUUGGCCUCUGAAUUCUUCAUGCAUCUCUGGGCCGGAGGGUAUUAACCCCAUUUCCCAUGGGAGCUUCCAUUCAAGGUCUAUGUGUUCUGUUGCACCUUUACUGUUACACAGUGAAGACAGAACGCUUUCCUGUGGUUUAGCCCUGGCUACGGUUUGCUGCCUUAAUGCUGAUUAAGGUUCCAGGUAUCCAGUGAAACCUCUGUUUAAUUCGCCAAGCUAAAUCCUUCUUCCACAGGGUGGAUCUGAAAGGGGCAGGGAAACUGCCUUAACCAUGGUGUUCACUCAAUGCAGAUGUAAUAGUUAGCUGCUAAUAACAUAAACUGUUUUAUGAGCCCCACUACAAACCAUGGUUUCAGAUCUUGGUUUGCAGCCUAUUCCUAGCCAUGGUUUAGGUACUGAGAUUAAACACUUUGUGGUUGAGGACAAUGGACCAUGGUUAAUUAAGCGUUGGGUCUGCAUUGGGCCUGUGGGAGCUCCUUUUUCAGUGCAGUCUGCGUAGAAUAGUGGGGAGAGGCUGGCCAAAGUACAUGGUGCCACUUUUUGGAGGGGGUCCAAAAUCCAAUCUGAUUUGGUUCAUGGAACUGCUUUCCAUUUUGUCUGCUGUUGGCAGAUAAGGAGUGGGAUUCUAGAGUUCAGGGAACUGUAGCAAAAGGAGGACAUAGCUGUGUUGCACCCACCCCCACUCAAAUAAGUGCCAGGGUUCCAAAUGUAGAGCCCCUCCCCCACCCCCGGAUUGAGAAUUCUCAGAGGUGAACAGGGGGGGGGGACAAAUGCCACAAGAAUUCAACCAGCAUAGAUCUCUUCUUGGGGCACAUCUGGGGAAGAACAUCUGGAUUGGAUCUCUGCAUGUGAAAGGGAAACCCAAAAUGAUGUAUUGGACAAUGAAUGUAUAGAGGAUCUGGACUUUGAUUUUGUGUGUGUAGCGGAGGUAGGGCAGUUGCCCAGAAUUUGUUUCUGGGCUGGAGGUGAUAAACCAACCCUUCCUUGCAGCAAACUGAAACCCUGGAGCAGAUAAUCAUUCACAUUUGGAGCGGACUUAUCUUCAUGUGCUUCCCUGCCCCCUUUGACAGAGUAGAUAUGGAGAUCAGUUAUCCUGGUGCGGAAAAGGAAAUUCUUGUUCUUGUACAUAACUUGAAUUGAGGGAGCAGCCUUCUAUUUAUCAAAUCAGAAAUUAUCAUUGCAGAAGACUUUUCUUUCCCAGGUGCUCCCUCUGCCCCUGUUUAGGGUGAAUAAAUGCGCCAUAUUCAAAUGUACGGAAC